AUGUUCCAUAUUAAUUGUAUCGUGUUAACCUUAUUAACAGUGUUUUUAUGGCAAAGUGAUGGAAUUAAUGCCAAAUCAUCUUUGAACAUACAUGCUAACGAAAUAGAUUGUGAUAUAUGUAUGGGAGUAGUAUCUCUUGGAAAAUUGUUUCUUGUGUCACCAAUUAUGGAUAGUUUAAAGAAAAUGCUUCUAGAAAAAUUAUGUUCAUUACCCGGGAUUAUAACAAAAAGAUGUAUUCAUUGGGGAUAUCAUCAAUUCAUCGAAACCAUGCAAAUAUUUUUCACUGUGUUCAAGAAAUAUAUCUCAAACAUUAACGAGUUGAGUACAAAGGAAUGA